AUGAAAGGGCGCUUGUGGAUUGCGUUCAUUUGUUUCGGGACUAUCCUGAGCGAAUCCUCCUCCAAUGCCAAAACCACGAUCAUCUCCACCAACGAUGGUCAUCGAACCCAUUACCUCGUAGACCCAAGGCCUCUUAGUGAGGACCUUCAGACCUACCCGACAGAUGGCAAUCCAGUGUCCUAUGCCUCGUUCAUCAUUGCCAAGCACGAAAAUGCCAAACCAAAAGUAUUGGUGGAGGAACAGGAUCGAUUCGCGUUUCCACAGGACAGAUAUCGGAUCCGAGUUAAAGGGCCCAGUGUUCAGUUGUAUAAACGAAAGACGGAAGAUGUCCAAAGUGCCAUUGACCUCAAUCUCGUCCAGCCCAAACGUGAAAAGCCUUAUGAGGUGGUCACAAUGGUGUCCAACCAAUUCCAUCGAGCGGGCUCAGUUCAAGUCCUGGACAGCGAAGGUGCUUUGUAUGUGACGGAUUCCUAUGCUCGCCAAGUGUUCCGCUUUCUGAUCCCUGACUUGGGAAAACGAAUGGUUGAGACCGAGAUAUUGGAGGCUAAUAUCCGAGAAGGCGACGAGAACGUGGUUCCAAUGCCCAUCGAUCAAUCGGCUAUUCCACCAUCCCUCAUGGAAAUCAUAGCUGGGGAUUUCAAAGAAACCAUGGGUGAAGAGGAUCAGGCUGAUAUCUUAGAGGAAAUUGAAGACCUCCCUCAUCCGGUGAAUGAGACAGCUAUCAGUACUCUUAGAGCUCAAUUGGAUCGUUUCUCUGUUGAGGUCGAGGCUUUGGAAGCUGAGUUGGACUCGUUGGAUCAGCAAGAAGAUGCCCUCGAGGAUCAAAUCGACCAAGUAGAGGAUAUGGAAAAAGAGGUCAAACAUUCGGACGCCAUGUCGGAUCAAGAUAUUGCCGAAAUGGAGGUAUCCUUGUCCGAGGCUAAACAUUUGCUUGAGCUGCAAAAGGAGGAUUUGAAACAUAGGGAGAAACAAAUCAAGAUGGAAAUCUCGUUCAAAAAACGUCUGCUCAAGAAGCUGGAGGACCGCUUGGAUGACAUGGAAGAUCAAGCCGAGGAUCGGACUGAUGCGAUUGCCAAACUUCAGGAGGAGAUGCUCAAGGAUAUCGAAAGGCGAAAGGAAGACCAAGAGAAAGAAAUGGAAAAGAAGCGGAAAGAAGAGGAGAAGGAGUUGGAGAAAUAUCUCAAACAGCAGAAGAAGGAAAUGGAGAAACAACAGAAAGAGCAGGAAAAGAGAAUAAAAGAACGGAUUAAAGAGCAAGAGCGUGUCCAAAAAAUUCGACUGAGAGAGCAAUCAAAAUUGGACAGACGAAAUAAGAACAAAGCGGAUGAACAAGAAUACCAAGAGGAUGAUCAAGAGCAAGAGAGCCCCAUGGAGUUUGAGGAUAUCAAAGACAAAAUCGCUCGAGAGGUGGAAAAGGAGCUCAAGAGAAGGUUGCAAGAACUUGAAUUGGAGAGACGAUUGGCUUUCAAAUCGGGCCUUAGAUCUGGUCGGCAGGUUGAAACCGAAGAGGAAGUGCCUUACUCCGAUGAUGCCACACCUGCAUCAGACUCCAACGAGAUCACAACCGUGAGUGAAGACCCUACCACACUGGUGCCAUCUGCAGAGGAACCCACAUCCACCCAUGAUAUCACCGACGAGAAUUCGACCUUGUCCACAGAAAGUGGCCCAAUCACUGCUCCCACGCCGACAACUGAGCAAUCGACAGUUUCUACCACUUCUUCAACCUCAACCAUCUCCACAACAGAGACAGUCAUGUUUCACGAAGAAGAAUCUGAGCCUGAGAUCAUGCACGACGACCCUGAGCCGGUUGUCAGUAAUCCCAAUGAAGAUUUUGAGCUCAUCGAUACUUUAGAGGGAGGGGAAGCUGUGAUGUCAAUUGCUCCACCAGUUUACAAUUAUCCGCACGAAGUGUUUCAGGUCAAGACCAAAGGACUUGUGGGCAUUGCAGUGCCGUUGUCGAGUAUUGCCAAUAUGACUGAACUGUUGGUUGGCCUUGACACAACCUUGUCAAGUGGCAUCUAUUUCAAUGCCAACGAAAAAUACAGCGAUGUCUUCAUGGACCACUCUGAUAAGGAUGUCACUCUUCGGAAUCGAUACCACUCCCUCAAGUUCGGUAUCAAAGACGCUGGAGAACGCGUUAUCUUUGCAUCCGUGGACCUAAGAGAUCAACUCGAACCUUAUCCAUGCGACGAUUACUUACUCAGCUUCAACUUGGAGAGGAACAAAGUGGAUGAGUACUUCUACAUCAAUCAGUUGAGACGCCGGAAUGCUGAUAACAUAUUUUGUCGGCCAGGCGGUAUUGGCUUUUGUACAAGAACGGAAGAGCUCUAUUAUGUGGACGAAGUGACCAAGAACGUGGUCAAGAUGGACUACUUACUUAAAUCAGGAGAAAUCGAAUAUGCAGGUGUGGUUGUAGAUUUGAAGACCAAGGGCUAUGAAAAUGAAGGGCGACCACGUGGUCUCGCUUUUGAUAGGCACGGGAUGCUGUGGAUCGGAAUGGCCGAUCUCGGAAAGGUUCUAAAAAUGAACCCGCUGGAUGGACAAGUCCUGGAGGAGAUUGCCGUACCCCAAUCGGACAUCGUUGAUGUGCAAUGUGACAAGAGCCAGAACAUCCUGUUCAUCCUCACCCAGACAUCUCUUUACUAUAUUGACUUAUAAAAAACGACGAUGACCUCCAAUCUAGCUUAGCAAUCCUAAUCAUGUAUUCUAUAACCCUGGAAUGUGUAUGUUGACGCUUUCCGGUCACAGGUUCUUGUACACAUCUUUGUAAGAAUCGCCUUUCUUGUAAA